AGCUCGGGUACACUUUAAAAUCAAUAACUUGUCAUAGCACACCACCUGCUACUUUAUCAUACACACUGUUUACUCUGUAGCACCAGCUGCAGUUUGACCCUGUUGUUUAAAGAUCUACACACAUGUACUGUCUAAGACAACCAAAUCAUAUUAUAUAGUCUCAAAUGCAUAUGAAGAAAUGCUUUAAUGAUAAUUUUCAUUUGGAUAUAUAUGUUAAGUGAAGAUUUUUUUUGUCGUAUGAGCAAAAACAAUCGUUUAAAUGUUUCAAAAAUUACUGUAGUGGAUAAAAGUGAAUGAUAUUCAUGGUGCCCAGAGGAUGAAGCUACUGACUCCCCCAUCAACAACACUGUGAGGUUGUCAUCUGGGGUUUUAAUUAUUUAAUUAUUAAUAACUUAGGUAAUGCCUUAACAUUUAAUUUAUAGAGUCAUAAUCAGACCUCUUAAAAUGACAGAUUUUUUCAUCAAGAUUCAUGAAUCAUUUCCUGAGAAAUCAACAAAAAAAAUAAAAUAAUGAAUUUUUUUAAUCCCCACAUCAGCCAUCUGAUCUGGAUCCGCACCAACAUUUAAUGGAAUCUUCUCUGAUCCAUCUCACAAAUCCUUCCAUCCAAUUUCAUGAUCAUUUGUUUAGUAAAGGCGUUGUCUUGCCAAUUAACAGGAAGACAAACACAUCAUCUUCUCAGUGCUGGUGAAAAGGUGGAAUUUAAAUUUGAAGAAGGGAGGGCUGUUCCCUCGCAUAAUCAAUAACAACCACUAUUAUCAACCUCCAUUAUCAAAACAUGCCAAUAUUUAUGAUGAACAUAACAAAGUAGUGAAAAUAGAGCCACUUGUCAUCUGUGUAUAAAACGAUACAAUCUUGGAUAUGUUUCUAUUACAAUAAAUAACACAUAGUAAGACUGAAAUAAAAUACAAAACUGAAAAGUUAAAACUCCUUCCCUGCUCUCCCAACAAAACUCAGACCACCUUCCCUCCCUCCACCCCUCCAACCCUCUUCCUGCUCCUCCUCCUCCGAAACCCCUCCCCCAUUCGUGAGUCUUGUACAGUACUGAUCACUGUCUAAAUACAGCCUCAGUGAAACACAUGGAUGCUAGUUGUGUAGUUAUGGGUGUGUUCAUUGAGGUUUCUUCUCAUACAACGUCGUAAAGGUUGUAUAAACACAAUGUCAUCAUUGUCCUGGAAUGUGAUGGUCCACAAUUGCAGAAUAAAAAUAAAACAUUUGUAAAGAUAGAAAGAACUAAUUUAUUUUCAUUUUAUUUUAUUUCAACCAAGGAGGUUAUGUUUGUUUGUAAGAACUCUUACGCACAAACUAUACAAAUGAUUCCUGUUACAUUUUGUAAAGAGGUGGGACAUAAAUCAAAGAAGAACCUGUUUUGGUGGGACACAGAUCAGGGCGUGGAGCUUUCUUAAGUUUCACAGAUUUCACAGAAAAUUAUAAAUGGAGCUUGGUGAGAAAAAAACACAUCUGGCACAUUUUGUGAACUGAUACUUUGAGUUUGUGAAAUUUGGUGCAGCUUGAUGGAAUGUAAAGGGACUGUUGGGUAUGUGCUCUGCUGAGUGCUGUUCUAGUGACUUUUUACUUUAAACAGUAAUCAAAAAUAAAAGAAAGAUUCGUUCCAGAAUGAACUUGCAGGAAACACCGGGAGCCACUGGAGCAUUCGGACCCUUUCUAGAAAAUCUAACAGAAAUGUCCUUCACGUGUUUCAUUUUCGUUCUAACUCCUUCCAAGUGAAUAAGCCUCAACGCACAAAGGCAAGGUUGCUUUUUAUAGAUUCAAAUCAAGUUCAACAGAAACAGAAGAAACAGCCGCCCGACUGGUUUGAGGACACACGUAACAGUGACUUCACAGGAAUUUGUUUUCACCUGCAAGCACAAUGACCUGGGGCAAAGGGGUGGGGCUAUCCCUGUGAGAGCAUGCAGGUUGGCAGUAUUUCUUUACAGUGCCUCCUCUCACUUCCUGAUCCCUGCACAAAUAUGUGGAGGGACAAACACAGGACAACCUGUUGUCAUUCUCUGGACCUGUGAAAUAUUACCCAGCAGCAAAGGUGAGACUGUGAUGACUCUGAAGUGACUGUCUGUGUUUGUUGUCAGAACUGAAGGUGGCCGGUUGAACCAUAGGGAGAGACUGUGCAGUGCUGUAAACAUCAGGUGUCGACUGUAGCAGAAGAAGUCAGAUCACAGCAGAGUGCAGCCGGGCAGCAAAGACUGGGAAUGCUGAUUUCAGUUUCACUUGUUGUCACCAUGUCUUGGGUUGAGAUUAAUCAGAGCGGUUGUAGCCAGAAUAAUAUUAACAAUUGAGAAUAGUUUUUCACCAGCUUAGUCAGGAGCACCUACUUAUUACCCUGGGAGGUGAGUAGAUAAGUGACUAACCUCUGUCAGGUGGGAAAGGCGUCUACAGCAAAGUUUUACAACUGUGUUGUCCUCCAAACAUCGUGUGUAUUUGUCAUCUUUGCAGCCACGUGAUUUUUCUUUUAAUUACUUUAAUUCAUGUCUGACAGAUUUUCCUGUAACGAUCUGACUCUUAUAACUCUUGUCUGUAGAUUAUUUGCCUGUCGCUGGUGUAAAGUAUGUUUCUGUGGAAGUAUCUGACCGGGCUCCUGCUGAUAGCUGCUCAGAUAUGUGAAGCCGCUCACAAAUGUGACAAAUUGAUCAAACUCAAUGUGGGCCACGCGUUCCUUGGCACCAGCGUCCAGGUGAAGUUGCGGCUGUUCACCAGGGAGAACACCACCUGCGGCACGCUCCUGUCCGACACCGACCUGUCGGCCCACCCCCAGUUCAACUUGUCCCGAUCCACCACCUUCAUCAUUCACGGGUACCGGCCCACGGGGUCUGUCCCCCGGUGGCUGGACGACAGUGUGGAGCUGCUGCUGGCCAAGACAGACACCAACGCCAUAGUGGUGGACUGGAACCACGGAGCCACCAACGUGAACUAUUUCAAGGUGGCGGAGAACACGCGGGAGACAGCGGGCUACCUGACCGCGUUCAUCGAAAGGAUGCAGGACCACGGGGCCUCUCUGAGCUCCAUCCACAUGAUCGGAGUCAGUCUCGGAGCUCAUGUAUCUGGUUUCGUAGGCGCCAAACUGAACGGCGCGAUUGGAAGAAUUACAGCUCUGGAUCCGGCUGGGCCUGACUUCACUGGAACUGCACCAGAGCAGCGACUGGACCCCACAGAUGCCCAGUUUGUGGACGUCCUGCACACAGACAUCGAUUCUCUGGGCUACAGGGAGCCUUUGGGUCACAUUGAUUUUUAUCCAAACGGAGGAACAGACCAACCCGGCUGCCCAAAGACCAUCUUCUCUGGAGGUGCUUAUUUCAAAUGCGACCACCAGAGAUCAAUGUACCUCUUCCUCGCCUCGGUGAAUCAGACGUGUCUCAUCAGGGCGUACCCCUGCCCGUCCUACAGCGACUUCCUGGACGGAAGCUGCCUGAGCUGUGAGCAGUUCGGUGCGGCCGGAUGUCCCAUCUUUGGCUACGACGUCACGCAGUGGAAAGACACCCUGGUGAGACUGAAACAAACCAAAGUGUUCUUCACAACAAAUCCAAAGCUUCCAUUCUGCACUACAGGCUACACAGUGGAUGUGGUGAUAUGGAACACCGAUAUUCAGAGUAGAUACAUGACCAUUAAACUUCAUCAUAAUGGUACAGAAGCAGUGGCGAUCGUUGACCAUAAAUCCUCAAAGUUUGAGAAGUACACAGAGACCAAGUUGUUCGCCCAGUUUGACAAAGACAUUGAGUCAGUGGACAAAAUGUCCGUCAAGUUCUCCUCUGGGAUCGGGCUCAAGCCCAAACAUAAGCUUCGUGUUCUGCGAAUCCGCCUCACACAUGUGGAACUCAAGAAAACGGCUCUCUGUCGAUAUGACCUCCUCCUUGAGGAGAACACGGAGGUCACCUUCAGGCCGAUUCCCUGCGAAGAAUCCAACUUCUGAGGCACAAUCAGACCUCAGACCAGAUCAUAAAACUUUACUGUUUGUCCUGAGAGGUUCAGCUGCCUUCCACAGGAAAACAAGAAGGACUGAGAAAAAAAAUCACAUGGACCCAGCAGCCAAAUAUUUACUGACAAAAUAGAAUGUGAUAGAUCAGUGUAUAUACUGUAUAUGUGUUUUUUAAGAGAAGAUAUAUAUGUUUAUAUGUGUGUUUGUCUGGGAAAAGGACUAUAUUUGACUUUCACAAAAUAAAUGUUCACACGUUGAAAGAUUCAUAUCAAAUGACCUGUGAUGAAAAGUUCUGAGCCAUUUUAAACAUUUCACGAUGCUACCAACGACGUAUUUAUUUGUUUAAAUGAGAAUUUUUAAUAAACAAAAACUAAAAUAUUCA